CCAAAGCGCAGCUCCACAAUCUCAGUGCGCAAAGCUGGGCUGAACGCUUCUUGGUGCGCAAAGACUGCGCGAAUCUGCGCCUCUGCUGCUCUGAUAUCCGCUUGCUGCGCCCAUACCCGUCUCUCUGAUCCCGGUACCAUGUUACAUGUAAAGAUGAAGAGGCUGAAGCGAUAUUUCACAAGGGCCUUGCACCGUAUACAGAAGGGACCCGGCUACACCUACAAGGAGCUGCUGGUCUGGUUUUGUGAUAACACCAACACUCACGGUCCUAAGCGGAUCAUUAAAGAAGGGCCUAAGAAGAGAGUCAUGUGGUUUAUACUGACACUGGUCUUUGCAGGACUUGUGUUCUGGCAGUGGGGGGUUCUCAUCCUGACAUAUCUCUCCUAUGGUGUGAGUGUGUCUCUUUCCAUUGGAUUUAAGACCAUGGAAUUUCCUGCUGUGACAGUGUGUAACGCCAACCCUUACAAAUACUCAAGGGUUAAGCCGCUCUUGAAGGAUCUGGAUGCGCUGGUGGCCACGGCUUUAGAUCGCAUCCAGUUUUCUAGCCAAGACCAAGCCAACACAUUCACUCAGAGCAGCACCAAUCAGAAUGUGACUCUUGACCCGACUCUGUGGAACCACAUACCACUAGUGGUUAUUGAUGAAACUGACCCAAGUAACCCUAUAGUGAAUAACAUCUUUGACAACAAUGCCAUCUACUCAAAGAACAACUCAUUUAGAAACUCCUCAGAGGAUCAGACGUCCUACUCUCAGCGGUACAAAGUGGCCAUGAAGCUGUGCACAAACAAUAACACCCAAUGCGUCUAUCGGAAUUUCACUAGUGGCAUUCAAGCUUUACAGGAGUGGUAUCUCCUUCAGCUUUCCAGCAUCUUCUCCAAUGUGCCACUAGCUGACCGCAUAGCUAUGGGCUUCAAAGCAGAAGAUUUGAUUCUUACCUGCCUUUUUGGGGGGCAGCCGUGCAGCUACAGAAAUUUCACCCGUAUUUAUGAUGCUGACUAUGGAAACUGUUACAUCUUUAACUGGGGACAAGAAGGGGAGGAUCCCAUGGCAUCUGCCAACCCAGGAGCUGAUUUUGGGUUAAAGCUGGUCCUGGACAUCGAGCAGGGCGAAUAUCUCCCAUACGUCCAGACCACGGCUGCGGCAAGACUGAUCCUCCACCAGCAGAGAAGUUUUCCCUUUGUCAAAGACUUGGGAAUUUAUGCCAUGCCAGGCACGGAGACCUCCAUCGCUGUACUUGUGGAUCAGCUGGAGCACAUGGAAGCCCCAUAUUCUUCCUGCACAGUUAACGGCUCUGAUAUCCCAGUGCAGAACUUGUAUGCAGAGUUCAACAGCUCCUACUCCAUCCAGUCCUGCCUGCGUUCCUGUUACCAAGAGCAGAUGGUGCAAACGUGCGGCUGUGCCGACUACCAGUACCCGCUACCGAAUGGGUCAGAAUACUGCAGUAACGACAAGUAUCCUGACUGGGUUCCCUGUUAUUAUGGUCUGCGGGACUCAGUAGCCGACAGAGAAAGCUGUAUCAGCUUGUGUCAGCAGCCGUGCAAUGACACUCAAUACAAGAUGGUGAUCUCAAUGGCAGACUGGCCUUCAGCUGGGGCACAAGAUUGGAUUUUUCAUGUCCUCUCGUAUGAGAAAGAUUCCAGCCACAACAUCACUGUAAACAGGAAUGGAAUUGUCCGGCUAAACAUCUACUUUCAAGAGUUUAACUAUAGGAGUAUUACAGAAUCUGAAGCUACCAAUGUGGUCUGGCUACUGUCGAACUUGGGCGGUCAAUUUGGCUUCUGGAUGGGCGGCUCUGUCCUGUGUAUCAUUGAGUUUGGCGAGAUUAUCAUAGACUGCGUGUGGAUCACCAUCCUCAAGCUUCUGGCGUGGAUCAAAGACCGUAGGCAAAGAAGGCAAAGGGCUCAAUAUGCCGACCCACCGCCUACUGUGUCCGAGCUGGUGGAGGCUCACACCAACCCAGGCUUUCAGAAUGAUGAGGGAAAUCAUGUAGCCAUGGCCAUACCUGGCACCCCUCCUCCAAAUUACGACUCCCUCCGAGUGAAUACCACUGAACCAGUGUCCAGCGAUGAAGAGGAUUAAACUACACAAAAUGGCAACAGCUAAAUAAACAAUAUUAUGGCCAUUAUAUUUGGAUUUCAGUAUAUUACAAUUAAAUGCUAUAUUAUGGGGGAAA